CAGCCAUAGCCCCAUAAAGCCAUACUAUAUACUUGUCUUCAAAACUUGAACUUCGCAGCUCCAUACGUUCUCCAUACUCAUCAAAUUAAGUUCUCGUCCCGCUGUGACCAGCAGUUCCUCGCCCACUUUUGAAAAAAUGCUACACUCUUUUCGAGUUCCAUUUGUAAUCCUACUGGUGGCAUUAAGCAUACCUUGUUCACAAGCUAUCCGGAAAAAUGGAUAUCCUAAAAUGAAAUCUGCUGCUUUUCUAUCCCCUAAGUUUGUGCUGGGGCCAGGAUCUGUGGUGGACAAAUAUUACUACAAUAUUGACUGGCCAACAGGUCAUAUUGCUCUCAAGGGUUUCAACGCCGAAGUGGUUGAUGAAGCAGGGCGCUCUGUCCCUCUUCAUGAAACUUAUCUCCAUCACUGGGUCCUUGCAAGGUAUUAUCAACGUACAGAUACAACGAAUCCAGAACAUGAUCUUAUUGUUGUGAGGAACAGCGGAAUAUGUCAGAAGAAUUCUCUUGGACAGUAUUAUGGCCUUGGAUCUGAAACACGAGGAACACUAACAGAUGUUCCAGAUCCUUUUGGAAUAGAGGUUGGCAAUCCUGCAGAUAUUCCUGCUGGGUAUGAGGAGAGGUGGAUGCUUAAUGUCCAUGCAAUUGAUACACGGGGGGUGGAAGAUAGGUUGGGAUGCACUGAAUGCAGGUGUGAUCUAUAUAAUGUUACAAAGGAUCAGCGUGGCCAGCCAUUGAGGCCGGACUAUAUAGGAGGUUUGUCAUGUUGCUAUGAUGAUACACAUUGCAGAGUGAGAGAAGGCUUCGAGGGUGCCAAGAGAAGCCUUUACAUGAGAUAUACAAUGAAGUGGCUUGAUUGGGAUGAUUUUAUAGUGCCUGUUAAGAUUUAUAUACUUGAUGUCACUGAUACUUGGAAAAGAUUGGAGAAUUCAACAGGACAAAAUGCAGAACAUGAAUGCCAUGUUGAAUACCGAGUUGAAUCUUGUAGUGCAUCUGGUAUGGCUGGUAAUGGGUGCACUGACACGAAAAGGACAAUCCUCACUAUGCCAACUGGUGGUUCUGUCAUCUAUGGUGUUGCCCAUCAACAUUCAGGGGGUAUUGGUUCAGCUCUUUAUGGAGAGGAUGGACGGGUUAUAUGUUCUUCAAUACCAACCUAUGGAAAAGGAAAGGAAGCAGGAAAUGAGGCUGGCUAUAUUGUAGGAAUGUCCACUUGUUAUCCUCGACCAGGCUCUAUCAAAAUAAAUGAUGGGGAGACUCUAAUUCUGGAGUCUAAUUACAGUAGCACCCAACAGCAUACAGGAGUCAUGGGGCUCUUCUAUAUUUUGGUUGCAGAAGAAUUGCCAAAGCCCAUGGUUAGCUUAAGCCGAUAAGAAGAGGUUUGGGAGUGGCAGUAGCUGUUGCUGCUGGUGUCUGCCAUCAGCUUCGGACAGAGAAGAAUAUUAUCUUUACCAAUUACUUGUCAAGUUGUUAUUCGAGUAUUAGUUAUGUGUCUGGCACGAGAGAGAGAGAGAGAGAGAGAGAUUACUGGUUAUGUAAUCCAUGUAGAAUCUACUGCCUUUCAGAUGGUUGUAUGAUGUAUAUACUUGGCAACCUUAUUAAGUUUUUUAUGAUUAUCAGUGGCAGCAAUAAAUAAUGUACCUUUUGAAGCAAUA